GCUCCGCCCCCUGGCCCUGCCCCAGUCAGCACUGCAGCACCGUCCCUGCCCCCCCUGCCACUGCCGGAGCCCAGACUGUGGGGCAACAGUCGGGGCAGGUGAAGAUGUUUCAGCGGAGACUUUCCGAUUGGUCUGACCUGGAUACAAGCUCAUUGGUGGAGCUGGAGAGGGAGGGGUCUGAACUCCUCGGGGACUCGCCAGGGAUUGUGCCCAAUGGGGGAGUUGGCACCACCAGCUUUUACGGCGAGGAAGGGGCGGAGGAAGAUGAUGAGCCCCUAUACGUCCCCUACAUGAAUAUCUACAGCCCGGAACCCGGGGGGAACGUAUUUAAGGACGGGAAGACGCCGAUUGACUUCGUGCUGGUUUGGGAGGAGAAGCUCCAGUCCUCCAGGAAACCCCGGGGCAAGGGGGCGGGGCCACAGAGGGACGGCAGGGCCAAGGCAGAGCGGCUGGACGGUUACCGGAAACGUUUCCACCGAAACCUGCUGAAGGCCGGGGUCCUGUGUGAGAAGGAGCAGACCCUGAGCGAGAGGCGGUGCCUACACUACAUGAAGCUCAGCGCCCCCUGGGAGCUCCUGGUGUACUACGCGGAGGAGAUGUGUAUGAGGGCCCCCCUGCAGGCCCAGCCCAACCCAGACACUAACUCCUCCCACAGGUUCCUCCAAUGGCUGCGGCUGCCCAACCCCAUGUACCAGCAUGUGCCCAACAAACCGCUGGAUUAUUACACCUGCGCCUUCCGACGAUCCAAACUACAGAAGUUCCUGGGCAGCGAGUGCCCGGCCACCUACUUCAGCAACACCCAGCGCAGCAGAAUUUUGUACGAGAUCCUGUCGCGCGCGGUGUACGGGAAGCGCAAACACGCCGAGGUUGGGAUCGAGCGGCUCCUGCAGGAGGGAAUCUACUCUGCGGCCUUCCCGCUGCACGAGGGUGCCCACGAGAUGCCAGAGUACCAGGUGCCACCCGAGAGCUUGAACCCUCGCCAGAUCCUUUCCCAGUACUGGGCUCGCUGGUCCCAAUGGUACAAGUACCAGCCACUGGAUCACAUCCGCGACUACUUUGGGGAGAAAGUGGCCAUUUACUUUGCUUGGCUCGGGUUCUACACCGCUUGGCUACUGCCGGCCGCCAUCGUGGGCACCGUCGUCUUCAUCUCCGGCCUGGUCUCCAUGGGGAGCAACACCGCAGCGCAGCAGAUCUGCCAGAGCGGGCAGCAGUACCGUAUGUGCCCCCUGUGUGAUACCUGCAAGAACUGGUUCAUUUCCGACAUCUGCCCAAUGGCCAAGGUGGGGUACCUGUUUGAUCACCCCGGCACCGUGUUCUUCAGCGUUUUCAUGUCGUUCUGGGCGGUGACCUUCCUUGAGUAUUGGAAGAGAAAGAAUGCCACGCUGGCGCAUCACUGGGACUGCAUGGACUUCCAGGAGGAGGAGGAACAACCACGCCCGGAGUUUGCUGCUAUGGCCCCCCAGAUGGAGCAGAAUCCAAUCACGGGGGUGAAGGAGCCCUAUUUCCCCAAGAGAGACCGCCUGUCCCGCGUCCUUACUGGCUCCAUGGUCAUCAUCAUUAUGCUCUGCGUGGUGAUGAUCUUCCUGGUGUCGGUGAUCAUGUACCGCGGGAUCGUCACCAUGAUGAUGUACCACACAGGGAACAGCCUCCUAAUGACACAGGCCGGCAACAUUGCCAACAUCAGCAGCUCCAUGGUCAAUCUGGUUCUGAUCCUGCUGAUGGGUCAGGUCUACACUUCCCUGGCUGAGAAGCUGACCCGCUGGGAGAUGCAUCGCACUCAGUCUCGGCACGAAGACGCUUUCACUUUCAAGGUUUUCGUCUUCCAGUUUGUGAACUUCUACUCGUCCCCAUUCUACGUGGCGUUUUUCAAAGGGAGGUUCAUAGGAUACCCCGGCCGAUACGGGAAGCUGCUCGGCAUGAGGAAUGAGGACUGCGGGCCCGGCGGGUGCCUGAUUGAGUUGGCGCAGCAGCUCUUCGUUAUUAUGGUCGGGAAACAGAUCGUCAGCAACAUCCAGGAAUUCCUCCUCCCGAAGCUGAAGUCGUGGCGCCAGAAGCGCCAGUUGGCCAAAGUGAGGGGCACUCAGCUGAGGGAGGAGCCGCAGCGCUGGGGGCAGGACUAUGAGCUGAUAGAGUGUGAGGGGCUGUUUGAGGAGUAUCUGGAGAUGGUUCUGCAGUUUGGGUUCAUUACGAUUUUCGUGGCUGCGUUUCCGCUGGCGCCGCUCUUCGCCCUCCUCAAUAACUGGGUGGAAAUCCGCCUGGAUGCCCAGAAGUUUGUGUGUGAGUAUCGGCGGCCGGUGGCAGAGCGGGCACAGGGCAUCGGCGUCUGGUUCCUCAUCCUGGAAGCGCUGGCACAACUCUCUGUCAUUGUCAAUGCCUUUCUCAUCGCCUUCACAUCUGACUUCCUCCCGCGGCUCCUGUACCAGUACGAGUAUAACAGCGACCUGAGCGGGUACCUGAACUUCACCCUCGCCUACUCCCCCCGCGCCUACGUCUCUGCCAACCACACGGUGUGCAGGUACAAAGCUUUCCGGGAUGAGGAUGGGAAUUACACUCUGUUCUACUGGAAGCUCCUGGCUGUGCGCUUGGGAUUCAUUAUUGCAUUUGAGCACGUGGUGUUCUUCAGCCUGAGGUGCAUCGACUGGAUGGUGCCCGACAUCCCGGAGUCGGUGGAGAUAAAGGUGAAGCGGGAGCGGUACUUGGCCAAACAGGCGCUGGCCGAUACCCAGGAGGUGCCCCUGACGGUGAGUCGCGGCUCCAGCUCCGCAGGGAGUAGCAGUGCAGCCCGCAGCAUGAGCCCCUCGCCCUGGGCAGGGGGCGGAGUAACAAGGCCGGAGCCUAAGAGAGGGCGUGACAUACAGAACUGGCAGCUUGGCCCCUCAGAGCCAACUACACCCCUGGAAUGAAGCUGGAUGGGGGUGAUAAGAAUUAACUGUUUCCUGCCUCUGGGGCAUUUCUGAUGCUAAUAUGCCCCCAGUGGAGGCCUCAGCAAACUCAAUUGGACAAGACCCGGCAGCCCAAAAGCCCCAGGGCCCCUUCCAUCCUGCCUAUAACCCCUACCUGCAACUCACACUGCUGGCUGAGCAUGCUGGGAACUGAAUCUCAUCUUCUGCCAAUCAGCUCUCUGCUUUAGGUACUGAAUGGCAGCCCCCCCAACACCGGCCUGGGCAAGCAACAUGGCAGCACCCCCCUAAUGUUCUUUUCUAUCAUUUCUAUAACACAGGGGAUGAUGGGACUUGUAGUUCUGCCGGGUCGGACACUGAUACAAUGUAUGUAGCAUUAGUGACUAUAAGGGGACUAUAUGGGACUAUUUAUCAGACUGGGGGGCCACAUAUGAGUCGGCUGAUUGAUAUACAAAGUGAAUAUAAAUGAUGUAAUAAAUCUAAGACUCUUUCCUGCC